CUCAAACAAGAUGAGCCUAAACUAAAGGUUUAAGACCAGCUACACGUGCGAACUUCCCUAACGUUAAAGUGGUGACGUCUACAAGCGAUUCUAAAUUCCUCUCCCCUUCAAACGACAGAUCCAACAUUCCGCCGGCUUCGCGAUUACUACAACAUAGUCAGUUCGCAGUAAUCUACAUACAUCUAGAGAGGGUUUGUAACGGUGUGGGAUAGAGGAAAGAUGGUGAGCAAAACAGAGGAAGAACACGUGAAUAGAUUGGAGAGCCAAGUGGAAAAUGGAGGAGGAGGCGAGUGGGAGUACCUCUGUCUCGUCAGAAAGCUCAAGCUUCGGCGCUCUUUUAAUGUGUUGAAGUAUGGCUUGUCGAUCCUUAACAACCCCAAAAAGCGAUCUGCUCUUGGCCCUGAAGAAUGGACUUUGUACGAGCAAGUGGCCGUUACAGCUAUGGAUUGCCAGCAUCUUGAUUUGGCAAAGGAUUACAUAAAGGUUUUAGCGGAAAAGUUUCCAGAGAGUAAAAGGGUUGGUAGGCUGGAAGCAUUAUUGCUUGAAGCCAAGGGUUUAUACGAAGAGGCAGAAAAAGCUUACUCGAGCCUUUUGGAGGACAAUGAGCUUGAUCCGGUAAUUCACAAGAGGAGGGUAGCCCUGGCAAAGGCACAAGGCAAUAUUUCCGGGGCAAUUGAGUUGCUCAACAAAUAUCUCGAAAUAUUCAUGGCAGAUCAUGAUGCGUGGAGGGAACUAGCUGAAAUCUAUGUAUCCCUACAAAUAUUUAGGUCUGGCAAAUUGCUUGAGCUACUAAUUGUGCUCUACACUUUUGGAGGAGUCGAAAAUCUUCAUAUGGCAAAGAAGUAUUAUGCGUCUACCACAGACUUAACCGGUGGCAAGAAUACCAGAGCGCUUUUUGGUCUAUGUUUGUGCACUUCUGCCAUUGAGCAACUGACUAAAGGGCGUAAUAAGGACGAUAAGGAGAAUUCGCAACUGGCAUCUCUGUCCGCGACAGCUUUGGGAAAAGACUACGAGCAGAGAGCUCCCAACAAAGUUUCCUUGCUUGCUUCCACUUUAAAAAGCUUGAAACUGUCGUCUUAACUAUCAAUUUAAUCUGUCCAAAUAUUCCCCUUUCAUUUUGACUUCUGGAUAAAUGACUAUUUGGAUCAUAGUAUCAUGGAAAAACGCUCGAGAGUACAUUAAACUUUGAGUCACUCCUUUGCUCGUUCAACUCUCUAAUAUAAUUGGAGAGAACUCUGUUUAAUUUUGAAUCAAGUCCAUAAUGUUAAUUUUUUAGGCA